UUCCGAUACUGGGUUGGCGCCUUCAAUGUGCCUCUGGGAAUAAUCUUUGUGACUCUGGUAGAACGAACCUUCUUUGCGGACUACAAGGUCAAAACGUUGGACAUUCCACCUGUUUCAGACCUUAGUGUGUCGAUGUUAGUACAGAUUGUUAACCUGACAGACGCUGUGAACAUCCCGCGACCGCAGUUUUCCAUCGUCCACGGAAAUGCCGCUUUUCUUGGAUUUUUCACUGCAGUCCUCGUCUUUACGGAAACAGCACUCAACAGCGUGACUGCUCUAAAGCCGAAGGCCGUAAAGCCUAGUCCUUUUGUGAUGGAUCACGUUGUCACCGUCGUUGUGUUCCCGCUAUUGUCUGCCUUUUUGGGAUGGCCUUUCAUGUCCGGGGUGCCCGUGCGCACGAUCGCCAACACUAUGGCGCUGGUGAAAGUUGAUCCACAUCCACCACCCGGAAAACCAGCGGAGUAA